AUGGACGGCGGCGGAGAGGACGGGAAGCAGCAGCCGCACCUAGUACUGGCAAACAAGCUGUUCCUUCUGUCGCGCUCCGACGUCGACGACCUCGCCAAGGUCGACCUACGCGCUGACGUGCUCGCGGCAGUCAAAUCCGAUGACAUGGCGGCUCUGUACGAGUCGCUGGCGGCGGACGGCGUACUGGAGAUGGACGCGGCGCUGCUGGCCGAGAUGCGCGCCAGGAUCGACGAGGAGAUCCGGAAGCUCGAUGAGAAGAUUGCCGAUGCUGAGGAGAAUUUGGGUGAGAGUGAAGUGCGUGAGGCCCAUCUCGCCAAAUCCUUAUAUUUUAUAAGGGUUGGGGAGAAGGAGAAAGCACUGGAGCAGCUUAAAGUUACUGAAGGAAAAACUGUAGCUGUUGGGCAAAAGAUGGACCUUGUUUUCUACACACUACAGAUUGGACUUUUCUAUAUGGACUUUGAUCUCAUCUCAAAGUCCAUUGACAAAGCGAAAAACUUGUUUGAGGAAGGUGGUGACUGGGAGAGGAAGAACAGAUUGAAAGUAUACGAAGGAUUGUACUGCAUGGCAACUAGAAACUUCAAGAAAGCUGCUAGUUUAUUAUUGGAUUCAAUUUCAACUUUCACAACAUAUGAGCUGUUCACAUAUGAUACCUUCAUCUUCUACACAGUCCUUACGAGUGUUAUCUCUCUGGAUCGUGUAUCUCUAAAACAAAAGGUUGUAGAUGCACCUGAGAUCUUAGCUGUAAUUGGCAAAGUACCUCACCUCUCGGAGUUUCUCAAUUCCCUCUACAAUUGCCAGUACAAGUCAUUUUUUAUUGCAUUCUCUGGCUUGACUGAACCGAUCAAGUUAGACCGUUACUUGCAGCCUCAUUUUCGCUACUACAUGCGUGAAGUGCGCACUGUUGUCUACUCACAAUUUCUGGAAUCAUACAAGAGUGUGACAAUGGAAGCCAUGGCUGCUGCAUUUGGUGUCACAGUUGACUUUAUAGACCAGGAAUUGUCACGCUUCAUUGCUGCUGGGAAGCUCCACUGCAAGAUAGACAAAGUUGCUGGUGUCUUGGAAACGAACCGACCUGAUGCCAGGAAUGCCUUCUACCAGGCAACCAUCAAGCAAGGAGACUUCCUGCUGAACCGCAUCCAGAAGCUAUCACGAGUUAUUGACCUGUAG